AUGUUUCGUGUCGAGCUCCUCCAGGACAAAUCGACCGCUACGCCUGGAUGGUCCUAUGCUCCAGCGCGGGGCUUUGACCCCACACAAGCUAUGGCGCCAACUCUCGGCCGCAAACGCAACAUUCGCGACGCCGGCAAGGGCGGCGACAUCUCCUCACGACAAGCGAACGCGAUAGCCCGCCACAUCGCCGAGCUGGAUCGUGAAAACCAGCGCGAUGUCACUAUCCCAAUCCCUGUGAAACAGGCCAAAGAAGCCGGCGCACGCGGCACCCGAGCAAAAACCACUUCGGCCGUGCGCCGCAUCCUCCAAUCCCAAAAGACCUUCCGGAACCAUCUCGACGAUGAAGAAGCAGCGAUCGCCUUAGGAAGUGGUGGAGGAGGAAUAAUGCAAACCGCAGGAGCAAAUGUUGCCUCCAAGAGCGCCAAAGCCGCUGUUACGGCCGCGCGGCGCAGCUCAACACCAGCUAGCACAGCCGGGCGGAAGCGUCCUUCCGCGGCUGUCACGGCUCCAAUGACGACUGCAUCGACACCGGCGGCUGAAACGACGGAUGCCGAGACAGAUGCUGAUGACGACACCGCGGGGCGAAAGUCGAAGCUCAUCAAAACUGAACACGACAAUGACCCGCUUCUGCGCUCGUAUGCGCCUGCCGUUCCCUCCGAUAGACUUAUGCAGCAGCUGCUGGCUGAGCCGCCCCUUUCUUAUAAUGCCUCGCGCGCGAAACCGCCGUCGUCGGCGCGGCCGGGCCGCCAUUUCUGUUGUAUGUGUGGGUAUUGGGGGAAAAUUCGGUGCAAGAAUUGUCAUUUGAGGACUUGUAGCUUGGAUUGCUAUAAGGUCCAUGAGGAUUCUAGGUGUGGUGCGUUCUUUUAG